CCGAGAUCGAUCAAUCGCGCCGCAUCCGGCGGCCACCAUGGACAUGGAGCAGCAGCUCCACCAGCUGCUGCACUUCUCGCCGCAGGAGCACUUGAUGGCCAGCCCGGGCUUCCUCGCCGUGGGCGGCGGAUACGCGGCGCAUUUCCCGGCCGGUGGGUUCGUCGAGCCUCUCGGCGACGCAGGUGGUGGCAUCCACGACGGCGGGUCGUGGGCGGUGGAGGACCUCUUGCAGCUCGGCGCCGAGCUGUUCGGCGGCGAUGUCGUUUCCGUCGUCGGCACGGGCGAUCAUCAGCCGUGGCAGCAGCUAGACGGUAACAACGGCGGGUCCCCGGACGAUACGCCGCCGCCGAGCGUGUCGAUGGAUGGGGACGGGAGCCCUCCUCCCGGCGGGGAGCAAGGCGCCGGGGAGCUCGCCACCGAGACCGAGCCGCACCGCGACGACGACGCGUCGCCGGCGACGCGGAAGCGGAGGGACCGGUCCAAGACCGUCGUGUCGGAGCGGAAGCGGAGGGUCCGGAUGAAGGAGAGGCUCUACGAGCUGCGGUCGCUCGUCCCCAACAUCACCAAGAUGGACAAGGCCUCCAUCGUCGCCGACGCGGUGGUGUACGUCAGGAACCUGCAGGCGCGCGCCGGGAAGCUCAAGGAGGAGGUCGCGGCGCUGGAGGCGCGGCCGAGGUCCUCGCCCGCUGGCUGGCACGAGCAGGAGCAGCAGCACGGCGGCCGCGCCGCGGCGGCCGCCGGUCGGCGCCUGCAGCAGUACCGCGGCGGCCACGGUGCGCGGCUGGCGCGCGUGGGCGCGGUGCAGGCCGGCGAGGGCCGGUUCUUCGUGACCGUCGAGUGCGAGCGGCGGGACGGCGUGGCGGUGCCGCUGUGCGCCGCCGUGGAGUCGCUGGCGUGCUUCCGGGUGGAGAGCUCCAGCCUCGUCCGCUCGGGGCCGGACCGCGUCGUGUCAACGCUCACGCUCAAGGUGAGCGAGCAAGUAGUAGGGGCUGCCACCAUCGGCGAGGGCUCGGUGAGGCACUGGGUGAUGUCGGCUCUGCUCGAGGAGGGGUUCCGGCCAGAGGCGACGGUCGAGAUCUCCUCGCGAUCCACGUGUCCACCGAUCAGCUGGUGCUUGGACUCCGUUUAAAUUAGAGAACCAUCGAGCGCCAUCAAGUAUCUGAGACGUACUACUAGCUUAGGCCCUGUCCGCUCUCCUCGUACAUGAUCGGAAUGCAAUAAGUUCAUUUUUAACUGCACUCAAUUAGCACCAUUUGUCUAUAACCAGCUAGAAAAAUAUUGUUAGCUGGUUGCAGCCGAACAGAGUGAAAGAAUCUGCUUCUCCUUCAUAAUCUAGUAGUAGCUACAUUACACCGGGGCCCAUCCAGUUGGAACACAGGAUGGGGGCUUAAAAAAACAGGAGGGAUUGGAAGGAGACGGCGGAGAAGCACAGGGACACUGAGCACGGCAGGGUCGGAGGAAGCAGAGUCUUUCUUCCUGGUUUCUGUCGGCCCUCGGUGGAGUUAAUCAACGCCCUGAUCGCUUCUCGAUCAGAUCAAAGAUUUGAAGCUGGUUUCUGCCGAAGCGAACAGGAACAAUUGGCUCUGGGAAGGCGUACGUCUGGUGGAGGCCGGAGGGGACCCGAUACUGAGGUGUACACACCUUUUUGUGUUUGAAUGUGGAAGCAGGUGAAGAGAAAACAAAAUGCAUGGAAAGACUCUACUCUACGGCAUGUCUCGCGUGCCCCUGAGUCCGUGGAGCCAGUGAUCUUGUUUGUCA